AUGUCAAUUGAAUUGAUUCCAGGUACUGUACAUUUGGUCGAUAUUGAGGGUGAUUUGAAUGUGAAGAAAGGUGGUAGUGGUGAUAUUAUCUUGAGACCACAACUGGCCCCUGAUCCCAAUGAUCCUUUAAGAUGGAGUAAAAAGAAGAAAUUGACUCAAUUCUUUCACUUAUUCUGGUUAUCAGUGUUUUUCGCUAUUACUACUAAUUUUGUUGGUCCAAUAUGGGAUAUCUUUGUUGAAGAAUUCAACACAACUUACUCGGCAUUGAAUGUUACGAGUGCUUUAUGUUUUUUAUUUCUUGGUGUUGGGUGUUUAGUUUUACAACCAACUGCUUUAGUUUUAGGUAGAAGAUUUGUUUACUUAUUAUGUGUAGUUUUGAUGUUUGUUGCUAACAUCAUUGGUGCCUCUUCUAAAGGAAUUGGUUCACAAUAUGCUGUUAAUGUUAUCAAUGGGUUUGCUGGGGCUCCUUGUGAUUCUUUAAUCGAAAUUUCUGUGGCUGACUACUUCUUUCAACAUGAAAGAGCUACUUAUCUUUCUUUGACUAUUUUGAGUUUAUAUUUCGGUAGUGACAUUGGUCCAAUUGUUACUGGUUAUAUUGCCGAUGCCAUUGGUUGGAGAUGA